GGAGCAUCAUGGGCGUUGGGCCUUUAUAAGGCCGCGUUGUUCACCCGCAGAGAGCAGAGAGCACUGGUCCUGCAUCCAUUACCUGGCCACCUACCUGGCAGCUCGGUCAGGGAGCUCGCCAGACAUUGUAGCCAGUGUGAAGCUGAGGAACUUUCUGGAAGCUCAGGCCUGCCUGCUUCUCCUGAGAGGUAUUCACUGAAUUCGUACCCAGUUCUCGUACCCCUGUCCUGGAGCCCCAAACUCCCUAGACCUCCUACUGUGCCCCAUGUUCUCCCGCCUCUCACAUUCUCGACUUUUCCACCUAUUUCUAGUGUCUAUGGUCCUGUUGACCUGACCUCCAGAGACCCAUCGAGCAAGUCUUCCUCUGUGUGUCCACUUAGCUGCAGAGAGACUUUCUAGCCAUGUGUCCCCCAGUCAGUGUUCGCCAUGGGGCCAGGGGCAUGUCCUGCCUCUAUCGAGCCUGGCUGUACCAGCUUGUCCAUGGAGAACAGAUGAAGAUGUGUUUUGCUUGCUUCAAGGCAGCUUUCCUGUUGAAUAAACUCUACCUGGAGAUGGGGGACUGGGAAGAGGAAGACGAGGAAGAGGAAGUGGGGAGUGCUGAGCUCAUGGGAGACUUAGAGUCAGAUUCAGAGUCAGAUUCUGAGCAGGAGUCAGUGUCUCAGCAGGAUGCAUGGCGGGGAUUGGGGCCUCUUUAUGUGCCACCAAUUGUCUCUGAAGGGUCUGGGGUCCUGGUACCAACACCUCUGUGGACACAGGCAGUACUACUCUCCAUUUCUGUGCCCACUGAGCUCUUGCCUCAGGAAGCUGUACCUUUGGAUCUUGGCCUCCAGGAUGCUGAGUGGACCCAGGCUCUUCCCUGGAGAUUUAAUGGCCUUUUUCCCUGCUCGCACGAGCUCAUCCCUCCUUUGUCUUUGUGGGAUAUUUUUGAUGUGAUGCCAUCUCCUGGGCAACCUGUAUUGUUGGAGUUGAGAUCCAUCUGGCCCUUGGACCAGACAGUAGCACAGACCUGGUUGCAAGACCAGAAGUUUGUUCUCCUGUUGGAUAGCAUCCACUUUAUGUGCCACCUGCUGUCCAUGCAUGUCCGCUGGGCUGUAAGGACUCAGGUCCAGCACUGGCAGGUGUUGCUGAACCCUGGCGAGAUGUGGGUGGCCCAUUUGCGAAGAAGGGUACUUGGUCAGCACGGCCUGUACCAUCAGAAUCUGAUCCCCUGGAGUCUGAGCAUCCUGAAGGCUUCGGAAUUGGGAAUGGAGUUAGUACCUGCUGCCUGCUACCUGCGGAAGAAAGGCUUCUGGGUAGGCUCCUUCUUGCCCUGGCACAUUAGCUUGCCAGAGACCUGGAGCUGGGAGCCAGGGGAGAGGCUGUUUAUCACAGAUGCUACUAUUUGUGCUACCACCUGCCGCCUUGGUCAAUCCUUCCUCCAUUGAUUUCCCCCCCCUCCUGAUCCUUACUCCCUGAUGCAUAUAACUGAGACACUAAAGCUCAGGCAUCCCCCAGGGCCCGAGGGACUGUGAAGAGCAAGAGGUUAUCUGUUCUAAGCAUCAGGGGAGCAGUUGAUACAGGAUUUGAAGGGAGCAUCUUGAACAGCCUGGUAGCUUAUGAACCUUAGAGGGAAGUCUGGCAUGUUUAUGUCAGUGUUCAGUGUUUGGGAGGUGAGGCCUAGCUGUAUGUUUAGGUGGAGUGUUGUGUAGUGGGUGUUGUAUGGGCCCACUCACAGAUGUUGUGUACGUAUAGACUCUGAGGCACUAGCUGACUUGGUGUGUGUUAUACUCACUGUCUAGGGGUCAAGAUACCUGAUUUUACGGUUAACUGUUUAUAGAGUGUUUAUGUUCUUUGUUUUACUCAUGCUCCUCUGAGGGCUUUUGUUGAAUAAAGUUGGUGUUUUAAAUUUU